AUGUUAUGUGGCCUCGCUUCACCGUCGUCACUACAUGGAUUCUUAUAUGGUGGCCUCGCUUCAAUAGCAAGGGCGGUUGUCGGUUGUAUUUUCUCUUUUGAUCGCUUCUGACUCUACUCCUCCUUCGCCAUCUUUCCGAACCUUGUUUUCGUCGAUUACGAUGCUGUUUUGUCGGGGACUUUCUCGGAUUUCGAGAAAUCUCAGAUGCAGCUUGAACGGAUUUCCUUUUUUUCCGUCCAUUCGGGACCAGAAUCACCAAUUUCUUUCAUCGCAUAAUUAUCAGUCACCUAGAGGCUCUACUGCAAAGGUUACGAGAAGUUUAAUUUUAUUAAAGGGUCUGCCAGCAUUGCACAGUGGUAGAUAUCAAAUCCAUCAUCAAAGCAGCUCCAUUUCUGAGGAUGAACUUGAUCCUUUUUCACUGGUUGCUGAUGAACUAUCGCUUGUUGCUAACAAAUUGCGAGCAAUGGUAGUUGCUGAGGUUCCUAAGCUUGCAUCAGGUGCUGAAUACUUCUUCAAACUGGGGGUUGAAGGAAAAAGAUUUCGUCCCACAGUUUUAUUGUUAAUGUCAACAGCAUUAAAUUUACCAAUACCCAAACCACCUCUUCCUGACGACCUAGGAGGUACUUUAUCAACUGAUCUACGCUCAAGACAGCAAUGCAUAGCUGAAAUAACCGAGAUGAUCCAUGUGGCUAGCCUUCUUCACGAUGAUGUUUUGGAUGAUGCAGAAACCAGACGUGGUGUUGGUUCAUUAAAUUUCGUAAUGGGCAAUAAGUUGGCAGUGUUGGCUGGAGAUUUUUUGCUUUCUAGAGCUUGUGUUGCUCUGGCUUCUUUGAAAAACACAGAGGUUGUAUCAUUGUUGGCAACAGUUGUAGAGCACCUUGUAACAGGGGAGACCAUGCAAAUGACUACUUCAUCGGAUCAAAGGUGUAGUAUGGAAUAUUAUAUGCAAAAGACAUACUACAAGACCGCAUCAUUGAUUUCAAAUAGUUGCAAGGCAAUUGCCAUCCUUGCGGGCCAUACAGCAGAUGUUGCAAUGCUUGCUUUUGACUAUGGAAAAAAUCUGGGAUUGGCCUUUCAAUUGAUAGAUGAUGUGCUUGAUUUCACAGGCACGUCAGCUUCCCUUGGAAAGGGUUCUUUAUCAGAUAUUCGCCAUGGAAUUGUAACAGCUCCAAUAUUGUUUGCGAUGGAGGAGUUUCCUCAGUUGCGUGCAGUUAUUGACGAGGGCCUUGACAACCCUGAGAAUGUUGAUCUUGCUCUGGAGUAUCUUGGAAAGAGCAGAGGUAUACACAGGACAAGGGAGCUAGCCAUAAAGCAUGCUAACCUUGCAGCAGCAGCAAUUGAUUCCUUACCCGAGAGUGAUGACGAGGAGGUAAAAAUAUCGAGGAGAGCCCUAGUGGAUCUUACUCAGAGAGUCAUUACAAGAACAAAAUGAAAAGGAAUGCUUAGUAAAAUUAACGAUAGUUCUGUUGUCAUUUUUCAAAUUUUCUGCAAUUUUUCCCCGAAGAUGAGGGGAAAUAAGUUGUUCCUAGUAUUAAUUUCGUUAUUCAUUUUCUUCUUAAUUAUUUUUUUAGAUUUAUUAUUUCACCUUCACUCUUACCCUCUAUCUCUCUGGGUUCAUUUGUGUCAAUGAUGACUCUCAGUGUAAGUUCUGCUAAUGCCCAUUUUUUCUCUUCCUCGUCAUCACUCGUGGAAUAUCUUUGAUAGGAAAAUACAAAAAUCUUUGUUAUUCUACUGACAUUCUGCAAAUUCUGUCAUUUUUCCUACGAGGGGAAGACUGCAGCAAAAUUUUGAAUAAU